AUGAUUUACUUCCAACCCCGCAAACAUCAAACGGCGGAGAACAAUGCGAGUCUGGUUGCUGUCUCUGCCUGUGCGUCUUUAAUUCUACAUAACAAAAGUACAAAGGCCGAGACGGAGACCAAAGGCUUUAUCCCUAAACACCUUAACACCUCUCCGGGCCGCGGCGCCGCACCGGGCCGACGCGCACACGACGGCCCGUCUGGAGCGCCUCUGAUAGGGGCAGGAGAGGAGAGGAGAGCAGCCCCUGGGGGAACACAGACAUGGCGGAGAGCAGACAGGCGCCUGGCGACCGCCGCCGUUGUCCACGGUCCAGGCGCACAGGAGCAGACGGAGCCGUGCACGCGCAGCGCUUUGCUCGACCCAAGCCGGCGGCAUCGGACAGCGUUCACGCGCGAGCAGCUGUCCCGGCUGGAGCAGGAGUAUGGCAAGGAGAGCUACGUCUCUAGACCCCGGCGCUGCGAACUGGCCACAGCUCUGAACUUACCGGAGACAACGAUAAAGGUGUGGUUCCAGAACAGGAGGAUGAAGGACAAACGGCAGAGACAUUCCUUGCCGUGGCCUCACCCUUUUGCAGACCCACUGGGGGCGCUCCUGAUGGGCCGGGCAUCUCCUUCCUCCACCCUGCCGUACCCCUUCAUCCAGCCGCACCUCCCACACCUCCCUCUCCACCACCACUACCCUCUGGCUCUCUCCUCACCAGCAUCCUCAGCUCACCGCUGCUACAGUGCACCCAUAAGGACCCUGGAUGCACUCAGCCUCUCCCAGUACCACAACAGAGUAGGGGGGCUGUCUCCAGCCACAGCAGCCCUCUACCCCUCCACCAGCAUUGUGCACCAUCCUACCUCUUGUCCCUGCCCCUUCUGCCUGCACUGGGGACCAGAACAACUGCUGAAAGCCAGAGGUCAGGCACUGGGACUGAGCCAGCCACGUAGUCCCAAGGGCAACAUACAGCCUGCAGGUCUGGAGCAGAGAGAAGAGAAGGUGUAAAGAAACCAGGCAGAAUACAUCAAACUCAAUCUAGUUUUUCCCACUCUCCAAGGCUGUCAAACUGCCGUCACAUGGCUGCUGCAAGCACAUAACUGUACUCACUGUGACUUCAAUGACUUGCCGCAACAACAAUACACUAAAGUGUUUAACGAACUAGAAACACAAUCCAUAGGUCUUAUCUUAAACAUGCCAGUCACACUGCUGAUUAACUGUAGCCUAAUUUUA